AUGGUCUGGGUUCCCACAACACUCUACCCGCAGAUAGACAAGGCCCUGCGUGGCGGAGGGCCCCAGGUGUUACUCCGUUGUGUAAAGCCAGCCACAAGCGCAAACUCAGAAGCCCCCUUGCCCCCCGCCCCGGCCGGCGGCAGCAGCAGCUCCGCGAUCCGGGAAAUCGCCGAGGACCCCAGUUCAGAUGUGGAUGAUGAGAGUAACUACAGCGAGGACAGCAGUUGCAGUGACUAUGGGAGUCACGACAGGCCUGGAACAGCUUUGCAAAGGGUGGUGUCAGAUGGAAAAGCUCUUCUCCCAGACACUUUCCAGACGAACAACCUCCUCUUCUAUGAGAGAUUCAAGACCUACCAGGAUUACAUGUUAGCUGACUGUAAAGCCUCGGAGGUGAAGGAAUUCACAGCAGAAUAUUUGGAAAAGGUUCUUGAACCCUCUGGAUGGCAAGCCAUCUGGCGCACGAAUGCGUUUGAAGUCUUAGUUGAGGUGGUCGAUGUGGAAUAUGCGUCCCUGAAGGCUGUGGUUCGCCUCUCCCAGCCUUUCCGGUGCAAGGUGCAAGAGGCGGGCUUCACCUCGGAGCACGUGUGCGCGCUGUUGGAAGUGAAGGAGUACCAGCUGCCGCUGCAGGAGCUGUGGGUCGUGUUUGACGAAUCGGGAGAAUUUGACCAGACGGCACUUGCUAUAGAGCAUGUCAGGUUUUUCUAUAAGCACAUUUGGCGGAGCUGGGAUGAAGAAGAUGAUGAUGACUUUGACUACUUUGUCAGAUGUGUGGAACCUCGGUUGCGUUUGUAUUAUGACAUCAUAGAAGAUCGGGUCUCAUCAACUCUUGUGUCAGACUAUCACAGCCGUCUUUCCCAGUGCGAAGAACUCUACUGCAAGUUCCAGGUUCUAAGGAACAGCCUCUCGGCCUGUGAUUCCGACUCUGAGAAAGACAAUAUCUCUGUGGUGGAAGGGAUGAAACUUUAUGACCAGAUAGAGCACCUGAAGCAGAAGUUGAAAAUGAUUGAGAAUCUUCUAUUCAGGUACGUCUUUGGUUAUAAGAAGCACGCUGGCCUCAGAGAGAAAGGAGUCCGUUCCUCUGGUGUCACCGUCACCCACGUUGUCUGUGCUACAGUCAAAUCGAGCUUCCUGCAAUGUCUACUCAGGGACAAACUUUCUCCAGAGCGUUUCAAUGAAGAAAUUGAAAUCCAGUUCCACAACGAUCCACAGUCUGCUCUGAAUGCUUGCUAUGAAGGAGACCGAAUCAUAGUUUGUCCUGGUCAUUACGUUGUUGAAGGAGUGUUGUCUAUCUCCGACUCUAUUGCACUAGAAGGCUAUGGGCUGCCAGAUGACAUCGUGAUAGAAAAGCAAGGGAAGGCACAUGCUUUUGUUGAGUGUACCGGAAAGGAUGUGAAAAUCUCCAGCCUGAAGCUCAUCCAACAUGAUGCGGUGAAAGGCAUUUUGAGUGUUCAUCAAGGAAGGACUACUCUGGAGAACUGCGUGCUGCAGUGCGAAACAACUGGAGUUGCCAUCCGGACAUCAGCUGAAUUCUUAAUGAAGAACUCUGAUUUGUAUGGUGCUAAGGGUGCUGGGAUUGAAAUCUACCCAGGCAGCACGUGUACCUUAAUUGGGAAUGGUUUACACCAUUGUAAAGAAGGAAUUCUCAUCAAGAACUUCUUAGAUGAACAUUUUGAUGUUCCCAAGAUAACCAUGGUGAAUAAUGUGAUUCACAAUAAUGAAGGCUAUGGUGUGGUGCUGGUGAAACCUAGAGAUGCAAGUGGGAUCACGCCAGAAAUGGUGGCAGAACAAAUAAAAGAGAGCAAGCCUGCUGAAGGCACUACCACUGUGAACUAUGAAGGUCUGCACGAAUGGGCUAAUAGCGAAUUGGAUCUUUACGGAAAAGCCAGUGACUACGAUCAUGGGGAAGGCAAUUCUCAGAUUACAGACGAGCUUUCUGCCAUAUCACUGAAGAAGAACCAGCUGUGCAAAAAGAGACUGAGUCAGUUGGGGGUCACAGAGACAGGAGACAACCAGAUGUCUCAGGAAAUGUUUGUGUCCAUCAUGGGCAACCAGUUCAAGCGUAAUGGAAAAGGGUGUUUUGGAACCUUUGUUUAUUGACUUUCUGAAUUGCAUUGUAAAGCCAGAGAGAUAACCAACAGCCAAGCGCUGAUGCCUUCCAGAACAGCUAAAACUCUCUUGACAUCUGUUUUUUUUUUUUUAAAUCUGGUUAUAUUUCUUGCUUCAGUGUGCUUCUGGUGUAUCCUUUAGAGCAGUGAGUGUGUGCAUCACAGCAGUGAAAUCCAUAUAUUGUUUGGAGUGAGUUUUGAAGCCAUAACUUGAGAGUUGAAAGCUCUCCGGUGACUCUUCUGAAGAGAGAAGCUUCAUCCUCAUUUGCUUUGUAUAUCACUUUAUUAUUAUACUAUUUAUAUCUAACAUAAAUCAGCUCAUUUUAAAAAUAAAACAAAGCCCUGUACAUUUAAAGGGAGACUGUUGGCAGUACCCUUCUACCUCCUGACCGCAAGUAAAAUGAACAUUUGUUUUUUGAGUAAUGGCUGUGCGCCAGUUUCAGCUGUGUUGAGUAAACCUUUAUAUUUAGCAUAGUUGUUCUCUUGUAUUUUUCUGGGUACA